CCGGUAACGGAGGCAAAGAUUGUGCCGUCGGGCCCUCUGGAGUUUUACGAGGGAGAACGGGCGGAGCUCCGCUGUGAACUCAGAACCGGAAACCACGUGAACUUCAGGUGGCUGAGGGACGGACGCCUCAUCCCUCCAACCUCCUCCGGAGACAGUGGUUCCUACGUCUGUGUGGCCACCAACAGCUUCAACAACACGUCGGUCUUCACCACCAACAGCUCCACAGUCUUCAUCACAGUCAAAGAUUUGGUGUCGAACCCUGAAAUCUCCUACAAAGUCCAGAAGGAGCCUUCGGAGAACGAUCGUUUCAGCAAUUAUUCUGCGUUAGUCACCUGCCAGUCAGCCAGGGGAGCUCUGCCCGUCGUCAUGCAGCUUUUUAACGGCUCACAGGUGAUCGGGAACAGGACCGGAGGGAGGAGCGCCACCUUCAGGCUCCCGCUGGUCCUGGACCGGCCCUCCGGAUCCCUCCGGUGCCGGGGGGACAACGGGGGCGGGGAGGCCUACAGUCCCUGGAUGCUUCUGGAAGUCGAUUUGGUGUCAAACCCUGAAAUCUCCUACAAAGUCCAGAAAGAGCCUUCGGAGAACGAUAGUUUCAGCAAUUAUUCUGCGUUAGUCACCUGCCGGUCAGCCAGGGGAUCUUUGCCCGUCGUCAUGCAGCUUUUUAACGGCUCACAGGUGAUCGGGAACGGGACCGGAGGGAGGAGCGCCACCUUCAGGCUCCCGCUGGUCCUGGACCGGCCCUCCGGAUCCCUCCGUUGCCGGGGGGACAACGGGGGCGGGGAGGCCUACAGUCCCUGGAUGCUUCUGGAAGUCGUCCGGGUGGGGGGGCCGGUGACGGUGCGUGUGGAGUACGACGUGGCGGAAGACUUCUCGGUGGUCGGUUUGAGGCUUUUCUGCAGCGCCGGGAGGGGGUCGCACCCCCGGUUCCGGUGGUUCCUGAACCGGACCGCUCUACCGGGCCGGGGCAGCUUCCACCACGUGUUCCAGGGCCCGGAUCGGUCCAUCCUGCUGCUGUCCGUGGCCGACAGCUUCGACAACUCCACCGUCCUCCAGAGCCCCGGGAGGUACCUGGAUAAGGAG